GAGCCCGCUGCCUGGAGCCGGAGGCCCAGUGGGGAGGCCCCAAGAAAGAGGUCCCGAGCCUUCUACAUCCAGGCAAAGGACACGGCUGACAACUUGCUGAAGAGCAACCAGGAGGUUUUCCAGGUCACUUUCAACGGGCCCGUGACCUUCACGGUGGUUUCAGCACCAGUAAACCCGGAUGCCAUGGAUGGCCUCUACAAAGUAGAGUACCUGGUGAACAGGGCUGGCAACUACCGGUUGUCUGUGGCUCUGAACGGCAUGCCCAUCAAGGACAGCCCGUUCGAAUUCGUUGCACGACCGGGCAGGGUGGCCUCCGAGUGGUCCACUGUCCAGGGGCUGGGCAGCAUCGAGUUCACCGCGGGCACGGAGUCCGAGUUCGUCGUCCAGGCCAAGGACGCCUACGGCAACGCCCUGGACGAGGAGGUCGGUGAGGUCACCGCCUCCAUCGAGUGGGAGAACUACGACUCCCCCACGACCAUGACGGUCCUGGACGACACGCCGCUGAACAACGCCGAAUUCGGGAGGUACUUCUACGGGAGAGCCAGCUACAUCGGAUUUGGCCAGUAUGACAUCAAGUACACGGCGCUCCGAGAAGGAACUCACAAGCUCUUUGUCAAGAUCAACGGUGGCAACGUCUACCUGUCGCCCUUCACCUUGAGGGGCUCCCCUGCAGCGGCGCCCUACGGACCCAAGAGCCUGGCCGAGAGCGGGCAGCCGCCGGCGUCGGGCGUGGCUGGCGACGAGAUCGUGUUCCAUGUGCAGCUCCGGGACGCUUACGGCAACCUCCUGGCCUCCAGCCCGGCCGGGGCCAUCAUCGUCGUGCGCGUCAGCUCGGCCCCGCCGGUGAGCCAGGUGGACGAGGGAGUCUGUUCGCCGAGCACCGGUGGCAGCACCGGGCUCUACGAGUGUCGGAUUACUCCCACCGUCAGCGGGGAGUCCGUUCAAGUCGACGGCGUGGAGAUCUCCAAACUCGAGAUGGUGCAGCCGCUGCAGCUCACGGUCACCCAGGGCCCUUUCGCUUUGUUCGUCGAGCCAGCAGCAGUCUCACCGGCGAACACGGCCGUCUACAACGUGCAAUCCAGCUACCUGGCUGGAGCGACCGUGGACGCUCUGGUGCAGCUCAGGGACCGCUUUGGAAACAACCGCACAAGCAGCUCUGCGACGCUCCUCUUUCAGGGGCGGUUUGGGCCAAGCAUCCUAGCUUUCACCGACAACAAUGACGGGACUGUGACAGUGAAAGUGGGCACGCAUCUAGCCGGUGAGCAUCCUCUGCAGAUCACGCUGGCUGGAGUGCAGAUCUCCAACACGCCGACUCCGGAGAUCCCCGUCCUCAGCUCCAUCGCGAGAUUCGACGGCACGGACUGUGCCAUCCCCGCUGAAAUCAUCGCAGGGAUUCAGCAUCCGUUUCAGUGCGUGCCUCGCGACACCUUUGGCAACAAGGUCGUGGACAACAACUUGUUCAUUCAGGCGGAGUUCGUGAACAUGGACGACUCCUCCGCGCCCGUGAUCACCGUGGAUGGCACUUACAGCUUGGUGGAUGACAACUACGACUUUCCCUUGGAGAUCGACAAAGUGGGCGCCUACUCCGUGGUGACACAGCUCUGGGCUCGGGGCGGCCUCAUCGGGCGCUACUACCGGACCCCGGGUUUUCAGAGCCUGGUGUCGCUUCUGACGGACCGCCCGCAUCAGGGCCUGGCCUUGUUCGAGUACACGCGGGUGCGGGACUCGAGUCGUCCGCGGGCUCCCUCGCUGCUCCUUCGCGCCUCUAAGAAAGCCAACUCCAAUUUUGGAGAUUUCCAUGUUAGGGCGUUUUGUCGUUCGAUCGCCUCGCUCGGGCAACUUUUUUGGAGCGCGCAGUCCUGCUCUUUGAAGCUGUUACUGAGGUAG